CUGUGUGUGUGUAGAGCCUUAGAUUAAACUAAAAUAUAUAAAAUAUCCCGAUAUGAAUUUUAUCUUUUUUCUUUUCUUUUAUCUCAACCUGCUAUGCCUACUGUAUUCAGUCGUACAUUUGCUUUGCUCAAUAAUAUCAAGCCUCCUCCUCAUGAUCACAUCCUGGAUAGUCGAGUCAUUCAAGCAGGAAUUGAAAUUGAAGAUGGACAUAUCUCCAUUGAGUUGGAAGCACCCGUGACGAAACCUGAUAUAUCUAUCUGGAAAGCUGCUGAACUAGGCAACCUACAGGCACUUCAAUAUUAUAUCGAAAACACCGAAGGUAUCGACCUGACCACUCUCUUAAACACAAGAGAUCCAGAUACGGAUUGUACGCUGCUUCACCUUGUCCUUUCUAAUGCACGAACCCACAGAAACUCCAUAUUACCCAUCGUCAAACUACUCCUCGACCAUGGAGCAGAUGCAACUGCAUGCAAUAUAUAUAACGUCCAAGCGAUUCAUAUGGUUCCUUUACAUUGUCCCCACCAGCCAUUACUCUGUCUCGAAGCUUUGCUAAACCAUAAGGCAAAUCCUAACGCAUCUGACGGUGACGGGUGGACACCGCUCCAUUACGCUGCUCGGUUCUGUCAACCGCCGGAUGAAGCCAUUGAGCUUUUAGUUUCGCGUGGUGCAGAUGUCAACCGACGCGACUCGAGCCGCAAGACAUCCUUGUUUUGCUUACUUGCCAAUGGUGACUAUCCUCAUGCAUUAGAUUACCUUAUUCAUUCGGCCAAGGCAGAUGUCACCCUCUUGGGCGAUAUUGUCAACCCCACCACGCGUCAGACUUGCUCAGCAAGCAUCGUUCUGCAAGCGGUCAAGUAUAACCGGAUGGAAUGCCUGUCCAUGAUCCUUCGGUCCAAGACGGCCAUGGCACAACUUAAACAAGUCAUCUCGCGCGAAGAGCUUCAGGUGGCUCAUGAGUUUAUCAAGGGACAUCAUCAAAUGCAGUUGAUCCUUCAAGGACUAGAAGACUCACUCGAAAAAUACUCUGAUUCUUUGCUACAUGCACCAACAGUGAAAGACAAACGGGGUGUCUUACGUCGUCCGUCGGUUAUGACAGUCAUUGACCUCCUUCGACAUGGAUCGAUGGGUCAGUCAGAUAGUAACAAGAUACUUAAAAAAGUCAAUCAGUUUAUGCGACGCACUAAAAGCGAAUCAACUCAUAGCAAUAGAAAAUAA